GCGUCAGGGCCGUCAUGGCCCCAAGGGGGGGCGUGGUGUCGGGGGUGGUUGGGGUGGUGGGGGUGGUGGUGGUGGUGGUGGUGGUGGUGGCAGGGACAAUGGGUCUGGCGAGGGGAUCGGGGCUAUUGACGAUGAACGGGGUAUUUCGAGAUCUGCUCGGUAAAUGUGUGAUCAUUUAUCUGGAUGACAUCGCGAUUUACAACACGACACGGGAGCAGCACUCAAAGGACCUGGAAGCAGUUUUUCAGCGCUUGCAGCAGAAUCGUCUCAUCACCUCUAAGUGCGAGUUUUUAAAACCCGAACUGGAGAGAGUCCAGCUACCCAACUGGGACGAUAUAGGAGAUAUCCCAGUGGAGACACUCGCCAGAUUCGAGAAGGACGUGAAACGAACCGACACCGGGUUCCUGGCGAUAGCAAAAGACGUGGAGAAUGACGGAGAGAAAGUCUCGGAACCUCCAGAAAAAAUCAAGGACUUGCUGAAGGAGUUCCAAGACAUUCUUCCCGACGACCUCCCGGACGAACUACCGCCAUACCAAACGCACCAACACAAGAUCGUGGAGGAACCAGGUUCGAAACCGACCUUCCGAGCACCAUAUCGGCUAAGCCCCACAAAACUAGCCGACAUGAAGAAGCAGAUCGAGUAUCUCCUCGCCAAAGGACUCAUCCGACCAUCCACUUCGCCAUACGGUGCCCCAGUGCUCUUCACACCGAAACCGGACGGAAGCCUGCGCAUGUGCAUCGACUACCGAGCUCUCAACAAGCAGACCAUCAAGAACAAAUAUCCAAUACCACGAAUCGAUGACCUGCUUGACCAGCUUCGGGGAGCUACUGUAUUUUCAAAACUAGAUCUGCGGUCCGGAUACUGGCACAUAAGAAUGGCGGACGAUUCUGUUCACAAGACUGCUUUCCGAACUCGGUACGGAUCGUACGAGUAUUUGGGCAUGCCGUUCGGACUCACCAACGCACCUGCAACUUUCCAAGCAGAGAUGAAUCAUACCCUACGCCCACUCUUGGACGAAUGCGUGGUGGUGUACCUGGACGACAUCCUCAUCUACUCGCGCAACAUGCAACAAUACGUCGAGCACCUACGACGCGUCUUCGAAAUUCUUCGACGAGAACGCUUCUACGUCAAAUUAUCCAAGAGCAACUUCGCCCUCGAGAAGGUCCAAUUCCUUGGACAUAUUGUAAGCGUUCAAGGAGUUCACGUCGACCCCAAGAAAAUCGAAGCCGUGCGUACGUGGAAGACACCCGAGAACGUGAAGGAGUUACAGCAGUUCCUUGGCUUUGCUAACUACUACAACAGGUUCGUGCCACAAUACGCGAAGAUCGCCGCGCCACUCACGAAUCUGCAAAAGAAGAACACGCCCUAUAAAUGGGAGCUACAACACCAGGAAGCCGUGGAGCAGCUGAAACAAGCACUCACGUCCGCACCCGUACUCAUCUUGCCAGACCCCGAACGCGACUAUGUUAUCGAAGCUGACGCCAGCGACCAGGCAGUGGGAGCAGUCUUGAUGCAAGACCAAGGGAAUGGCCUGCAACCAAUCGCCAACCUCAGCAAAAAAUUACAUGGAGCAGAACUCAACUACCCGAUACACGACAAGGAGGCCCUUGCUAUCAUAAUCGCCUUCAAAACGUGGAGAUGUUAUCUCGAAGGGCGCAAGACGACAGUUUACAACGACCAUUGCAGCCUUAAAUAUUUGAAGACGCAACCAAGCCUCUCCAGGCGGGAGGUCCGGUGGAUUGACUUCCUCGAGACACACUUCCACUACGACAUCGUGUACAAGCCCGGCCGCAAAAAUAAAGCAGAUGCGCUUAGCCGGCCUGCACACGUUGACGCUAUCCAAGUUGAAGGGAUGAAUCCACUCCUCAAGGGACUCUUCAUACACGGGUAUACCAUCGACCCAGAAAUUCCCUUGGCUGAAAAGCAACAUCUGCUACAGUGGGACAACGACAUCGCGUACCGAAAAGGAUCAAUGAAGAUCUGGGUACCUAAUUACCCUCCAUUGCGCCAGUUACUACUCGAAGAAUACCACGACGUCCUAUACGCGGGACACUUCGGUUGCAACAAGACGCUCACCGGUAUCGCCAAACACUACUACUGGCCCCACAUGGCAGAUGCCGUACAGGAAUUCGUCACCUCGUGCACUACAUGUCAGCGGAUGAAGCGCAGCAAGCAGAAAAAGGCGGGUCUGCUACAGCCUCUUCCUCGUGCACAAUUUGUUGUUCGCUACAUCAUCUCACAACAUGGCAUUCCGACCACACUCAUCUCCGACCGAGACCCUAAGCUCACCAGUAAAUUCUGGGAAGAACUUAUGUCUCUGCUCGAGACCAAACUCGCCAUGUCAUCCGCUUACCAUCCGCAGACAGAUGGACAGACCGAGCGCCUCAACCAAAUUGUGGAGCAACUCCUCCGUGCAGCCUGCAAGGACGACAUCUCCCAAUGGGACUUGCAUCUGCCCAUCCUGGAGUUUGCCUACAACAAUGCUACUUACGCCGCUACUGGACAGACGCCGUUCUUCCUCUGUUACGGACGCCACCCACUCACACCUCAACAGUCAACCAUACCAGCCACAUAGCCCUUGCUCCUCUUCCUCCCUGU